AGCUCCAUAUAUACUACUCCUACUAUAUAUAUAUUGACUCUCGCUUAUACAUACAGAGAGAGAGAGAGAGAGAUUAGCCAUGGCUUUACGGCGGAAUCUAGCCAUUCAACGCCUCCAAUCAACGGAGGCGAAGUAUUUAUACAGUAUCGCCGUCCGAAGCUUUCUGACGGCGCCUUCUUCGUCGUCGGCGGCGGCGGCGGCGCCGGAGCUACCUCCGUUCGACUACGAUCCAAAGCCGUAUACGGGGCCUUCAGCCGAUGAAGUACUCGCGAAGCGGAAGAAGUUUCUCGGCCCAUCUCUCUUCCACUAUUACCAGAAACCUCUUAAUAUUGUUGAAGGAAAGAUGCAAUAUUUGUUUGAUGAGAGUGGAAAGCGAUAUCUUGAUGCAUUUGCUGGAAUAGUUACUGUGUCUUGUGGUCACUGUCAUCCUGAAGUUUUGAACGCUAUAGUGGAACAAAGCAAGCUUCUUCAGCAUACUACAACCAUAUACCUACAUCAUGCUAUAGCUGACUUUGCAGAAGCUUUGGCAUCUAAGAUGCCUGGAAAUCUAAAGGUUGUGUAUUUUGUUAAUUCUGGGACUGAAGCAAAUGAAUUGGCAAUGCUAAUGGCACGACUAUACAGUGGCAAUCUUGGUAUGAUUGCCUUGAGAAAUGCAUAUCAUGGUGGAAGUGCUGGGACUAUUGGACUAACGGCUCUUAACACGUGGAAGUACCCAAUACCACAGGGAGAAAUCAGUCAUGUUAUGAAUCCAGAUCCAUAUCGUGGAACCUUUGGUUCUGAUGCUAGUCAGUAUGCUAAAGAAGUACAAGACCAUAUUGAUUAUGGUACUUCAGGAAAAGUUGCUGGUUUUAUUGCUGAAACCAUUCAGGGUGUUGGUGGAGCAGUUGAACUAGCACCAGGAUAUUUGAAAAUGGUUUAUGAAAUGGUACGCAAGGCUGGUGGUGUCUGCAUUGCUGAUGAAGUGCAAACUGGAUUUGGUCGUACAGGAAGUCAUUACUGGGGUUUUGAAACACAGGGUGUCAUUCCUGAUAUAGUUACAAUGGCAAAGGGUAUUGGCAAUGGAUUGCCUUUAGGAGCAGUAGUGACAACGCCAGAAAUAGCAAAUGUAUUGGCUCAGAAGAUACAAUUCAACACAUUUGGUGGCAACCCUGUAUGCUCUUCUGGUGGACAUGCAGUGCUGAGAGUCCUCGAUAAGGAGAAGCGUCAAAAGCAUUGUGCUGAUAUUGGUUCCCACUUGAUCGGGCGUCUGAACGAUCUCCAGCAAAAACAUGAGAUUAUUGGAAACGUGAGAGGGAGGGGCUUAAUGGUGGGUAUAGAGCUUGUCACCGACAGAAAAGAGAAGACACCUGCCAAGGCAGAAACUGCUGUUCUUUUCGAGAAACUUAGAGAGCUUGGUGUUCUAGUUGGGAAAGGGGGACUACACGGAAAUGUAUUCAGAAUAAAGCCACCUAUGUGUUUCACUAAAGAUGAUGCAGAUUUCCUGGUCGAUGCUUUGGACUACACAAUGUCUAAGUUGUGAGAAGAUACACUCGACCUGCCAUGAAGGAUUUUAAGAUUGACAAUCAUCUUGCACUAUUCCCAGUGAAGAAACUUCUUUCGAGGUAAAAUCGUAGAAAGAUUUAAGAUUGGCAAUCUUAGCCACUGUUGCUUUUCUAUGUUCCUUCAGUUCAAUAGAUAAAAAAGAAAACUUCAGUUGUUAAUAAGACUAUUGACUGGUGGAAUUGUUGAUGUUGCUUCUGUGGACUCUUGCAUCUAAUUGAAUCUCUUCUAUGUGAAA